AGGCACAAUCCGUUCCAUAUUUUCGACGACGAGACACCGAUCGAAAAAUUUGUGGACAAAUACGACUCUUCCCUUUUUCUCUUUGGUUCUUCUACAAAGAAACGCCCGAGUAGUUUGAUCUUUGGACGAACUCAUGACGGACAUAUUCUCGAUAUGGCUGAUCUCAGUAUUGUGAAAUUUGUUUCUGCUCGAAAUUUCGAGACACCAAAAGUACCACUGGGUACGAAACCAUGCUUGUGUUUGGAGGGUACCGAAUUCGAGUCUGAUCCCACUAUGAAAAGGAUAGGAAAUCUUCUUGUCGACUUUUUUAAAGGACCGACUGUGGAAAUGAUUCGCCUUGAGGGGUUGGAGUCAUUUAUAUCGUUCACAGCAAAGGACAAUAUGAUCUACAUGAGAGUAUACCGAGUAUUGCUGAUGAAGAGUGCUACAAAUGUGCCACGAAUAGAGCUUCUUGAAAUGGGUCCAUCUAUCGAUUUCAAGGUAGAUCGCACAAAGCUCGCUAGCGACAGUCUGUACAAAGCUGCAUGCAGGAAACCGAAAGCACUCAUGUCCAAACGCCGAAAGAACAUGUCAGAAGAUGUAUUUGGUAACCAACUUGCAAGAGUUCAUGUGGGAAAGCAGAACACGGACGCCAUUCAAACGAGAGUCCUCGACAGGAAUCGCAGAGUAAGACACGAUUGA